AUGUGGCUUUUCCUCUGGCGCCGGAAGCAAGUCUUCCUCCUUACAGUCUGCCUGGGUCUCUCGCUUUAUGCGAUAUUUCUGUGGUCUCCCUCUUUGGCUACCAGAUACUGGCAUUGGCCGUGGCUCAGGGAACAGCACCUCGAUUUCCUGCCUUCCUGGCUCCAUCUACUACUGUCGUAUCUCUUUGCGAGCGUUGCAUCGUCGGUAGAGAUCUCUCAGGGCACUGUCGUCGGCACGGUCUUGAUCGACAGCACAUUGCCUCGCCCAAUUGAAGCAUUCCUCGGAAUUCCGUAUGCGCAACCUCCAACUGGAGAAAGGAGAUUCAAGCGCCCCCAACCUGUGAAACCAUCCAGUGACAUUAUCCACGCCUCUAAAUAUGGCAAAAGGAAAUUACCAGUUGCCAUCUAUGUCCAUGGCGGAGCUUUUAAUAGCGGCUCCGGACUCCAUGACCAGAUCCUCCUCUUCAAAUGGGUUCAGGAAAACAUUGGAGCUUUUGGCGGAGACCCCAACCAAGUAACCCUAAUUGGAUUGUCGGCUGGUGCUCAUUCAAUCGGGCAUCAUGUCAUGCAUAAUAGCGGUCAACAACUUUUCAGCCGAGCAGUCCUCGAGUCUGGCGCAACAACCUCCCGGGCCGUAUACCCACCCGAUAAUCCUUUGCAUGAAAAGCAAUUCCGAGAAUUCCUUGCAGAGGCUAGAUGCUCCAACCUCCCUGAAAAUGAAAUAAUAACUUGCCUGCAAAGCAAACCUAUGUAUGAUAUUGCACGUGCUUCAGAGAGCAUUUUCAACCACUAUAAUCCUUCCGAUAGAUGGGCUUUCCAGCCCGUUAUCGACGGGGAAAUAAUAAAAGACGCGCCCAUUAAGAACUGGAAGUCUGGGAAAUGGAACAAAGUUCCCAUCCUGACUGGCUUCAACACCCACGAGGGCGCCCCAUUCGUACCUUCUGACAUGGAAAAAUCAGAAGAAUUCACUGACUUCUUCCGUGCCCUUAUCCCCCCUCUACCCGCUUCAGACACCAAAAUCCUCAACCAUCUCUACCCGGAUCCCCUCAAGCAUCCAGAGUCCCCCUAUGUCGACGGGCGCGAUAUCGACGUUGGUGCACAAUACAAACGAGCCACAGCUGCAUACGGACAAUUCGCGUACAUCUGCCCCGUCAGACAAACGGCGCAACUGGCGUCUGAAGCCCAAGACGCCCCUGUUUACUUGUACCAUUGGGCACUCAACAAGACCGUCAAGGGGGGCGCAAGCCAUGGAGACCAAUCUGAAUACGAAGUUUACAGUCCGUAUGUCCGCAGACUCUCCGACGCCCAAGAAAAAAUUGCGGGAUAUAUCCAUGCGUACUUUACAUCGUUCAUUACAAAUGGUGACCCUAAUAAGAUCCAAGGCAAGUAUGCGGACCGACCAAGAUGGACUCCUUUCAAGGCGAAAGCCUCGAAGAGUGUGAUGGUACUUGGGGAAGGGAACGAUGAGCGAGCCGGUGGCGGACAUGUUGGUAUUGCGGCUCAGAUGGCAGAUAAUAAGUGGAGCGAAAAAGAAUGCGAGUUCUGGUCGGAUAGAAGCAUUCUUACGGAAUCCUGA